CUCAAGAUUCCAUCCAUUUUGGUGAUGCCCUGACAGAGCGCUUGAAGUGCAGAAAUAUACGCGAGAAUUGAAGUGCAGUGAUUUUUAGGGUUAAGAAAAAUGGAGAUUGCACUCAACAGCGGCUUCAAAAUGCCUGUAAUCGGACUGGGCGUUUGGCGAAUGGAGGGCAAAGACAUCAAAGAUCUUCUCUUCAACGCUAUUAAGAUUGGUUAUCGUCAUUUUGAUUGCGCCGCGGAUUAUAAGAAUGAAGCAGAAGUGGGAGAGGCACUUGCUGAAGCAUUUCAGACUGGACUUGUAAAGAGGGAAGAUCUGUUCAUUACAACCAAGCUUUGGAAUUCAGACCAUGGCCAUGUUGUUGAGGCCUGUAAAGAUAGUUUAAAGGAACUACAGCUAGAUUAUCUGGAUUUGUACCUUGUUCACUUCCCUAUUGCCACACGACAUACAGGUGUUGGUGCAACUGCAAGUGCUUUGGGUGAUGAUGAUGUUUUGGACAUAGACACUACGAUACCACUGGAGACCACAUGGCAUGCCAUGGAAGAUUUAGUUUCCAUGGGUUUAGUGCGAAGCAUUGGGAUCAGCAACUAUGACGUUUUUCUAACCAGAGACUGCUUAGCCUAUGCAAAAGUGAAGCCUGCCGUGAAUCAGAUCGAAACACAUCCUUAUUUCCAACGCGAUUCUCUUGUCAAAUUCUGUCAGAAGCAUGGUAUUUGUGUCACUGCCCACACACCUCUUGGAGGUGCUGUUGCCAACACUGAAUGGUUCGGUUCCGUAUCAUGUUUGGACGAUCCAGUUCUUAAAGGUCUUGCUGAGAAGUACAAGAAGACUGUGGCUCAGAUUGUUCUUCGCUGGGGUAUUCAACGAAACACGGUUGUUAUCCCGAAGUCAUCAAAGCUUGAGAGAUUAGAAGAGAAUUUUCAUGUGUUCAACUUCGAGCUGGCAAAAGAGGACAUGGACCUUAUCAAAACUAUGGACCGUAAAUAUAGGACUAAUCAACCUGCCAAGUUUUGGGGCAUGGAUCUGUAUGCAUGAGUUUCACUAUUGCCUGUCCAUGGAAAAUACUAUGAUAUCCAGUGAGAAUAAAACAUGGGGAAUCAGUUUGUAUCAUUGACGCUCAAAUCUUUAAAAGUGAUCAAAUCUUUGCAUACUGACAUUGAUUUGAAAGAUGACAUGUUUAGUCUUUGCAUAUUAAGUGACUUUUAAGGCGUUUCUUUC